AUGCCGUCGCCCACCAACUCGACCACCGACAUCAAGGAGCCCACGACCGACGUGCUGUCGGUCGACGAACGCCGGCCCGAAGCCCUGCGCGGGAUGAGCGACGCCGAUAUUGCCGCUAUUGAGAAGAAGAUUGUGCGCAAGGCCGACCUCGUCAUCCUGCCCGUCAUGGGCAUCCUGUACAUCCUCAACUACAUUGACCGCCAGAACCUGGCCGCUGCCAAGCUCCAAGGCAUCAUGGAGGACCUCAACAUGUCGACGCAGGAGUUUGCGACUGCCCUCUCGAUCCUGUUCGUCGGCUACCUCCCCUUCCAGAUCCCGUCCAACCUUAUCAUCUCGAAGCUCACGCGACCGGGUCUUUACAUCUGCUGCGCCUGCGCCAUCUGGGGAGUUAUCUCAGCCGCCACAGCCGCCGUGCAGUCGUACCACGCCCUCCUCGCCAUCCGCGCCAUCCUGGGCAUGGUCGAGGCAGUCUUCUUCCCCGGCGCUAUCUACCUCCUCAGCGCGUGGUACACCAAGAACGAGCUCGGCAAGCGGAUCGGCGGCCUGUACGUCGGGCAGCAGGUGGGCAACGCGUUCGGUGGUCUCAUUGCCGCUGGCUGCCUCAAGAUGGACGGCUUGCAUGGUAUCCGUGGCUGGCGCUGGCUGUUCAUCAUCGAGGGCAGCGCGACCGUUGGAAUUGCAAUCCUCUCGGCUCUCAUCCUUCCCGAGUACCCGUACAAUGCCCGCCUCCUCACCCCAGUAGAGCGUGAGGUUGCCGUCUGGCGCCUGGAGAAGGAGGCAGGCGCCGGUGAGGGCAGCGAGGAUGUCGGGACGUGGCAGGGUUUCCUGCAAGGCUUCAAGGACCCCAAGCUCUACGCGCUCAUCUUCUGCAACAUGAUGUCGCAGACCCAAGGAUCGAUUGCAAACUUCUUCCCUACGAUUGUCAAGACGCUGGGCUACGACUCCAACCGCACGCUGCUGCUCACCGCUCCGCCAUACGUCUUCGCCGCGUUCUGGUACAUGGGCCUGACGGCGCUGAGCGACAAAACUAAACUCAUCUACCCCUUCAUCAUGGGCAACAUUGCCCUCGCAUGCUGCACCUACAUUGUGCCCAUGGCCACGCUGAGCAUUGCAGGGCGCUACACGGCGAUGAUGUUCAUGCCGUGCACAAGUGUCGGCCCCCAGCUGCUGCUCUACAAGACGAUCAACCACCAUCUGCCCCGCCCCAUCGCCAAGCGCGCCGCCGCGAUCGCCCUCAUGAACGCCAUCGGCGGCACGUCCAACAUCUGGGCCUCAUAUCUGUGGUUUGCGGGCCCGCGGUACUUUGCCGCCUUUGGAACCUUUAUCGCUGCCGGUGUUGCCUUUGCCAUCACCAUCACGGGCUACCUCUUCUAUGUGCGCCGCGAGAACCGCCUGCUCGACGGCACGGACGAGCAGGUCGCGCGCGUGGUGCGCCGUGGCGUGACAAAGGAGCAGGUGGCUAUGGACUGGCGGUAUGAGGGGUACUAGGGGCGAGG